UAUUAUAUAAUUUCUAAACUGUAACCCAUUAUAUAUCAAAAUGUAAAUUAAAAAAAAAAGACAUGAUUUAAGUGUUAAGUUCUAUCGACUAUGGUCAAUUGCUUGUAUUCAAUCCCUGAUAUAUACAUGUAGUGUGCCUUUUCUCCAACAUAAUUAAAAAUCACCUUUUACUAAGUUUUAGGUUGACUCAGAUUUCACUUGCAUCCCUGUUAUAAUGUGUAAUAAAAUCUUUCAUUUGGUUGAUACAGUUGUCAUUAUAUUGUGUUUGAAAGUAUGUACACUGUUGUAUUAUUUUUAAAUAUUAGAUAAACAAAUAAACACAAUAAGUUUUUGACAUUGAUAAAAAUUAUUAUGAAAUAAUUUAUCCUGUUCUUUGUUAGCAUUAAAACUAACCUAGCACAUAUGUAUUUUUUGUGUGCAAAAAUUACAACAUUCUAAUUACAGCAUUAUUGUGAAAACAAAUUUUGAAAAAUAUAAUUGAAAAACAUUAAUAUGUAAUACAUUUAGAUCUUAGUUAAGGUGUGUUAAUUGUUGUAUGUAAAAUGCAUGAGUGUGAGUGAUGAAGUCUGAUUGAAUCGUAAAUGUUGUGGUGGACAAUAUUCUGUGUAAAGGACUCCCAGUUUUUGUAUGUUGACAAACCUAUUAAAGAUUCACAACAGAGGUAGUUGAAGAUAUAAGAAGACCUGCACCGGAUGCUGACAGGAAAUCGAAGACUGCACUCCUCCUAGGCUGAAAAGAAUGGGCGAUAUUGGCCAAGACUGCCAUUUCUUCUACAAUUCUUCGUGUAUCAAGGGUUCUUCAUGUCCGUUCCGGCAUGUGGAAGAGGCCAGAAGUUCAACAAUUAGCUGUCCUCAGUGGUUACAGGGUGGAUGCCUGACUCCAAAGUGUCCAAAUAGACACCCUGAACUGAAGCCUGUCUGUUACUAUGAGAGCCAGCCUGGGGGGUGCACUCGGCCAGCCUGUCAGUUUAGACACACACUGCCACGUGGUACCAGGAAUGUGAUAGCUGCCAUUCCAGGUCCCCCCUUGAUUGCCAUACCAGUUACACAGUCACAUGCUUCCAUGCCUGCUGUGUGGCCCCCUCGCGGCCCCCCUCCACACCUGGUUCCAGGCUGGCAUGGUGGGCCCCCUCCACCACACAUGUACAGCCACCCUUCUCCAGUGCCUGGGUUCAGACCCUUCUUAUCUGGCAGGCAUCCAGUGCUCCUGCCUGGUACACCGGACCACCGGUUCAUACUGGACCAGUCAGGCGAUGUACAUAUGUUGCAGAUUGAGCCGAUUAUUAUAAACCCAAAUGAAGAGUCAGACCUUGAGACCUCGCCUGUAAAGGCCAGCAACAGGACAGUUGCCCCUCCAAGCAUGGCAGUGUUGCCUCCCUUCUCACAACAAUUGUCUUCUAGUCAACCGCCACCACAGGUGAAUAAUCCAUUGGACUACUUUCUUAAUGCCAAGCGUUAUGUGCCAGCAGGCAACAGUGCAUCUCAGGUAUUCAACAGGUUACCCAGUCCUGUCAGUCGAUCACCGCUGUAUCACCGGUCAGAUUCACAGAGCCCUGUGCGCCGGUCCCCUAGGGGCUCCCUUAGUCCCAGCCCUUCAAGACAGAGGUCUACCAGUAUGGAGAGGUUUGAUGGUGGCGUGAGGCGGCGCUCGGGGAGUCUCGACAGGAGCCGUAGUCCACCAUGGAGGGACAGGAGGAGGUUCGCACCUCGACGAUGUAGCAGGAGUCCCCAACGCAGCAGGCGGUCCCGGAGCGCUGACAAGGGGAGAGGUAGUGGGGGGCCUCAAGACAAACUGAGUCGCAACUGGGUGGGCGAAGUUAGAGAGCCCAAGCUGGAGGAGGUCAAGGUCACCGGACGCAAGAUUAUCUCCAUAAAAAAGAGCGCCCAGCAAGAGAAGUCAGUGGAUGAGCAGACGAAGUCUGACGGUGAGAAGAAAGAUGAUGUUACUGUCAGCAAGGGUCCAGAUCAAGAAGCUGACAAAGAUGAAGCAGCGAAGGAGGAAGUUAAAUCAUUGGAAGAGAUUUAUAGAGAGAGGGCACUGCUUUCCAUGAUGGAAGCCAAACGAAAGAAAAUUCUAGAAAACAAGCGUAAAAGGUGGGAAAAUGUUAGUAAAAAGAUGUCAGAAUCUGAGAAGUCAGACAAAUCUGGACCCGAGUCUCAGGAUGAGAAGAAGUCCCAAGCAUCUGUAGAUGAGAGAGGUGACAAUCCUGAGCAGGAGGUUGAUGGUUCCAGUGAGACCGGUAGUGGGGAUGGAUCUGAUAUCGACUUCACGGCAGACGUGGAUGUGGAAAUAGCGGAGGGAGAGAUAGAGAACAUGGGAGAGGAGAGUGGUGGAGACGAGCUGGAUCAAGCUGAAAAAUCUUCAAAGCCGAAUACAAAGACCAAGGGCAACAGUUCACAACAAGUGAAACCUAGUAUAAAGUCUCGACUAGGUCUUAAAUCAACCACAGCCCGUGUUGAUAAAGAUAGAAAAGAAAAUCAAAGUCAAAAUGCAAAGCCUGUGUCAAUUAAAGCAAGACUUGGACUUAAACCCAGUGGAGAUUCUCAACCAAGAAGCGGAGUUAUCAAACUUUCAAAAGUGUCUAAUAAGGGAAGUGUUUUGUCGAGAAUCGGCAAAAUUGGUGAUAAUCAGAAAAGUCGCGGUAAAAUAGAAAAUAAAAAUAUUUUGAUGGUUCCACAGAUAACUAUAAAAAAUCAAUUUGUUGAAGAAGAAAAAAAAAAAAUAAGUUUGAAAGAGAGACUUGGAUUAGUUGAUCCUAAUGAUUAUGGAUCUGAAUCAAGGAAAGACAGGAAAAAGAAGAGAGACUUAGAUGAGGAAUUGAUGAAGUUGAUAGAAGAAGAGGACAUAGAUGUUACAUAUGAGGAGCUUCAAGAACUGUCAAAACGGGACAAGAAAAAGCUCUUAAAGAAAUUGUUGCAGCAACAGGGACGAGAGGCUGAAUAUGAGGAAUUUCGAAAGAAGAAAAAGAAGAGCAUUAAGAAGAAGAAAGAGAGGAGUGAGAAUGAUGAAUCUGACAGCCAAAAUAGAAGGAUAAAGAUAAAAGGUGACUCUGGGAGGGUCAGUGAAGGUGAGGAAGUGAGUGUGGCAGCUGCCUGGAGUGAUGGAGAGGAGGAGGAAGAGUUGGCAGAGGAGGAGGAGGUGUACCUGGAGGAAGAACUGGAGGAAAAUACUGAGCCCAACGAACAUCCUACAUCAGGAUCAAAACAAGAGUCUGUGGAACGGGUACAAGAAUCAGAAGAUGUGAAAUCUGUAAGCCCAACUCUGGUGGGUGACCUAUCUGGUAAGACCUUAGAGCAGCUAGAGCAGAUGCGGGCGGAGAAGAGAGCCCGUCUACAGGAGGCCUUGGAGCCCGUUUCCCUGGAGGAGAUCAGGAAGCAGAGAGCAAGCAAGAGAGCUCAGGGUGAUGACAUUGGAGCCAUAAAGAUAUCAACUGUCAAAAAUGAGCGGAAAAUAGUUCUGAACAAGGAAGAACAAAGGUCAACUGAGAACCCUGAGCCAUUAGUGCGGGUCACAUUUGGAAGUGUAGAGGCCCUGCAAAAAAGAACACUUUCACGACUUGGGACUGAUCCCUAUCAGCCACAGACUGCCAAUAAUGUUGUGAAAUUGGGUCAGGCCAGGCGCGAACGUCAGAUCUAUGUACCACCAUCAAAGAAAACUGAUGAGCCUGUGAAGCCUGCAGUGAAGCCGAAAAUCAGCAGAGAAAUCGUAGACUACAGUGACAUGUUUCCAAAGAAAACUACUGUUCCAUCAACAUCCACAAGUAUCAAACUAUCGAGGGCUGGCGCAGAGGUAGAGACCAGGCCGCCUCUCCGAUUACAAAAAGGACCACCAAAAGUGGAUGUGAAAGAUGCCACGGUGAAGACAUUUGCUGAGAUCAUGGCUGAGAAGAAGCGGAAGAGACAGCUGGCCCAGCAGGCCUCGCCACAGAAAGCAUUCAGACCCAUCAGCCUGGACGAUGAUGAUUCCAAUCAAAACACAAAGUCUGGAACUGCUGAUCGGCUAUCACCGCAAGAGCUGCCAUCUCAUGGGGAAUCUAAGAUCAGUACUGACCAGCCAUUCACCAGUCCAGUGAAGGCACGGAAUGUCAACAAGAAGACACCAGUCCUGACAGAAUCCAAACUCUCUAGGUGGAAGAGGCACAAAUCAAAUGAACAGCAAGCAACACAGUCGGAGAGCACUUCACCAGUAAUAGUCUCUGAGAUGGACGCGUCUGUUGUACCCACAAUAGUUAAAACAAGCACUAUAAUUAAAGAUACCACUGAAAAUUUGUCAUCAAAUGCAAAGACUUUAGAAACACCCUCAAGAACUCCACACGUGACAGAGAGUGAACCCCCCACUGUUGUGUCAGCCCCAGCAAUAAAGAGGCAGGCCUCUGAACAACCGGUCACUGAAAGUGUAUCCAAAGAAAAGAAGGCCAAGCUGUCAGUCACGUUGGAUUUGGACGAUGAUCUGCUGAAUCUCAGUGACGAUGAUUUCCAAUUGGAUGAAAAUCAAGACCACGAUGAACUUAUGAAAGAAAUUGAUGAACUUUUGUCAUAGCAUGCUUUUACAUUGUUACUGAUGUAUUGGCAUUUUAAUGCAUGUCACAUAAUGAAUGUCUAUACAUUGAUUGGUGAGUUAUUGUAAACAUAUGGUAAAUAAGAAUGUUAUUUUUGUUUAAAAAUGUUAAGUAAACAAACACCAUAUUUAUUUCAAAAGUAUGUACAUGUGUAAAUGAUUGCAUCAAGAAGUGCUUAUGAUGAAUAAAGCUAAAGAAGUCA